AUAGAACUUCUUUAGUGCUUUUAUCACGGUUCGGUCGAAAUCACUGUGAUCUGUUAGUGCAAUAUUAAAAUCGUGGCUGAAAUUGAAAUAAUAAUGCAUUUAUUAUUAUUGUGUAUGGCUAAUAAUAUUAUGAUCACGAAUAUUUAAAUGUUGAGAAUAAUAAAUAUAUCAUUAUCUUCGUGGUUACAAUCCAUAGAGUACCUACUUUAUGUUACAAUACAAAUUAAGUUAAAUGGUCGAAGGUUACUAUCACGGUUGCAGCGAUAUUGUUAUUGUCAGUUAUCACUUAUCACGUUUAAAUUUCAAAAUAUCCAGACUCUAGUACUCUACCGAGCAGUGCUGCGGUGACCAGUAUAUAUUACGUAGAAUGAGGUUACACAUAAUGUAAUCGUGCAACUGUUUGGCUCAAUCACAUCAAACGACAUUAUAUCCCAUCUACCUGCUAGCCAUUAGAUAAAAUGGAGAUCUGUGUUGAUAGUGUAGAAUCUGCUAUUAAUGCGGUUAAUGGAGGAGCUCAUAGAUUAGAGUUAUGCAGUGCAUUAAGUGAAGGAGGAUUAACGCCAUCGCUGGGACUUUUAAAAACCUUAAAAACCAUUGUUUCGAUUCCUAUUUUUGUUAUGCUUAGACCAAGAAGUGGUUAUGAUUUUCAAUUUUCAGAUUUAGAAAUUAAAGUUAUUCUUGAAGAUUGUGCUUUAUUCAAAGAUGCUGGAGCUGAUGGAUUUAUAUUUGGUGCUCUUACUUCAAUUGGCGAUAUUGAUAUUGCUGCAUGUGCUUCAGUAAUUUUAACAGCUCAACCAUUACCUGUUACAUUCCAUCGUGCAUUUGACGUAGCUACACAAAACCCAAUAAAAAUGGCACAAAAAAUAGCUGAUUUGGGUUUUAAACGCUUACUAACCAGUGGUAGAAGUCAUGUAGCAUUUGAUGGAAAAUGUUUAAUUAAAAUUUUAAUUGAAACAAUGAAAGAUCGUCUUAUUAUAAUUCCUGGAGCUGGUAUUCAAGUUGAUAAUCUAAAAGAUAUCUUGGUCACUACAUUAGCACAUGAAUUUCAUGGAUCAGCAAAGGUCUUGAAACAAUAUUCAAAUAUAAAUAAUAGAAAAUUGCAUUCAAUUUUUAAAGAAGACCCCAUUUAUAUUACGGACUGUGAUACUGUAAAAGAAUUACUUAAUAUUUAUAAAAAUAAUUUAAAACUAGAAUGAUAAAUAAGAUAUAAUUACAAAAUGUA